AUGGAGGACGGCGGCCCUGAGCGUCGCGGCGGGGAGACCUGCAUGAAGAUAGAUGAUGGCGACGGCGCCGGGCUCAGCGGACUCCUUCUCCUCCUCCUCCAGCCCCCGGGUGAUGGAGCUGCCCGCGGGGAUUCGCCUGAGACAGGCGGCAGCUCCCUGGGGGGCCUGGCCCGCUCACUGCAGAGGGCUGAGGCCAUGCUGCGGAGCUGUGUCACCCCCAGCCUGCGUCGCCUGAUGCCCCGGGCCCGGCAGCGCAGUAACGACGGCAGCGAGGACGAGGAUGAGGAGGAAGCACCAGCCUUUGUGGCCCCGCUGGAGCACAGCUUCCCGGGGCUGCGCCGCUGCCUCUGCAUCUGGGAGGACCCCCGCACCGAGACCUUCCACGGCCACGUGCGGCACCAGCCAGGCGACGUCGGAGCCACUGCCUUCACCUACCACCCGGUGCACCCACGUGUAGCUGAGCGUGGCGCUGCCCUUCAUGCCCUCCUGCAGCACCGCCACCUCCUGCGCCUCGCCCGUGACUACAGCCGGCGCCUGAAGGCCACCUCUGACUUUCUCCGCCGGCUCAUGGCGCUACCGGAGCCGCUGGCAGGGGAACCGGGAGCCGAGCAGCCGCUGCGGGAGCUGUGCCAGGAGCUGCGGACUCACGCUGGGCACUGGAGCGGGCUGCGGCGGCGGAUUGCAGGGGACCCGUGGCUGCGGCCGCUGCUGCUGCGCCGCCACGAGUCAGUGGCGCACAUGCGGCGGGCACUGGUGCUGCCAGCGCUGGCCGCGGCGGGGCUGGCCGAGCGGCGCAUCGAGGCGCAGCUGCGGGCGCUGGCACGAGCUGGCACCGUGGUGGCACUCCCUUCCCCGGCGCUGCUGUCUGACCUCUUCCAGGGCAUUGAGAUCUACAACCGCGUCGUGGGAGACCUGGCCCUGGAGAUGGGCACCGCUGGCAGCUGUGGUGCCGCUGGUGACCCCUCCUGCACCUUCCCUGCGGCAAAGGUGCUGGAGAUCCUGGCCGCUGAGCGGGGACAGCUGGCGGCUAAACGGCUCCAACCCCUCCUGCAGCCACGGGACGUGGCGGAACACACCUGCUGGGAGGACGUGGUGGUGCCUUGGCCUCCGGAGCGUGGUGCUGUGGCGGGCAUGGAGACUUCCAGACUGGGCUUCACCAGGGAGCUGCAGGAGCUGUGCAAGGAGGAUGAGGAGCUGAUGGGCCACAUCCUGGGGGUGCUGGUGGCCUCCACCAACACCCUCUGGUACCAUGUCCUCCAUGGGCCCAGCCAAGAGAAGCCGCUGACACCCAGCCCCAAGCUGCCGGAGCUGGUGGGCAUGGACGCAGGCAGCAGGCCCAGCUCUGCCGGUUGGAAGUCGGUGCGGUGGCUGGAUGCGUCCUGGGCACCCGCUGCCGAGGCCCUGCACACCCGGUACCGACGGCUCUUCUGGGGGGCCACCGGCACUGCCCUGGGCCACUGGCUGGGGCUGCCUCACUGCCCCACGGGCAGCAGCGUGGCCACGGCAAGGGAGAUGAGCCAGGCGCUUGCCAGGGCUGGCGUGCCCCAGGAGUGUGAAGAGGAGCUGGGGUGGCUCUGCCUGAGGCUGCUCUGCCAGGGUGUUCUCCGGAGCUGGGAUAGUGACUUCUGCCAUGCCCUGGGCUCGGCGCUGUCGGAUCCCUGCUCUGGGGAACCGGGGCCGGUACCGGCGGCAGGGCCGGUGCGGAGCCGGACAGGAUGGUGCCUGCAGCGGCUCUACCCAGGGCUGACCCUGGCCUUGCACUGCCUACAGAUACUGCCUGGCCACCCCUCGGGCCAGUCCUGCCCGCGGCUGCAGGUCCUGUCUCGGUGCGUGGCCACAGCCCAGGCCAGCUGCUGGUGGCUGAUGAGCAGAGCCUGCAGGUAUUUGUCAGCCUGGGCACUGCCCCAGUUCCUCAUCGUCACCCAGGGGGACCUGCAGCUGCUGAAGACAGAGACUGACAAGCUGGUGCUGCUGGUGAGAGAGACCUUCCCAGUGCCUGGGGACACCCACCCAGGGCUGUCCCCCAACACCCUGGACCGCCCCCUCACCUCACCGUCCCCCUGGGAGCUCCAGCUCUGCCAGCAGCUUCACUCCGUGGCCACCAGCAUCCAGCUCUUCUCGGGGGAUGUGCUGAAGAUGUUCUCCACGGACUGCAAGCGGAUGUCAGCUGAGAUCUUCGAUCAGACGAUGCCAUUGGGCAAGCACUGGCGGGUUGGCCUGCGCCCCGACCUGCCCAGCUCACCCAGCGCCUACGCGGCAGCGGCAGCGCAGGCAGUGCUGGGCCAGGUGCUGCAGGGUGCCCAGCUGCUGCCCCGUGAUGCCCAGGCACCCGCCCUGGCACGGGUCACCACAGCCUUCCUGGAAGCCUGGAUGGACCAUAUCCUAGCCCAGAGGAUCAAGUUCAGCCUGCAGGGAGCCCUGCAGCUGCGGCAGGACUUCGAGCUGGUGCGGGAGCUGGUGGCCUCGGAGCGCUACGGGCUGGCCCCCGAGACCCGGCAGGCCCUGCUCGCCCUCCGUGUCUUCCAGCAGAUGGAUGGUGCCAUCCUCUGCCUCCUGCAGCAGCCCGGGGGCACCGCCGGCGGGGCACCGCGGCCCUGGCACAACCUGCGCCGCUGCUGCUCAGAUGAGGGUGCCCACCCGCAGGAGCCAGGCACCGAUGCCCUCCACGGCCUCGACACCCUGGAUGCAGCAGCAGUGGCCCCCCAGGUGGGGCCGCCCCCGUCGGAUGCCGGUGUGCGGCUGCGCAGCGGCGUUCCCGAGUCCUAUUUGUCUGGCAGCCAGCAGCAGUGGCUGUCGCUGCGGCUCAACCGGGCGCGGCGCUGGCGUGUGCCCGGGUUGCCCUGCGUGGGCAACAACCCCGAGACCUGACUCUGUGCAAUAAAAGCGGGGUGCCCGC